UGUAAAAAAUAACAACUCUAAUAAAGCUACAGAACAUGAGACGUAUCGUCAUUUAUAGUGACGAUUUUCCGGAAUAGCGAAUCCAUACAACGAGUAAAAACUUCUUUCGUGACAUAGAGAAGCUGCAGGGAAAGUGAACGAAAAUGAACUGGACGACAAUGGUGGCGCUGGUAAACGGCACUGUCGAGUACGAGGACCCGACGGGCACGGAGGAGGCGGUCUCCUGUCGGUCGAUUUUCAGCGACCGUUUCCCGCUGUCGGCGGUGCUGAUGGUGUUCUGCAUGGUGACCGUGUUCGGUAACUGUYUGGUUAUCGUCGCUGUGGUCCGGGAGCGGUAUCUGCACACGGCUACCAACUAUUUCAUCACGUCGCUGGCUUUCGCCGACUUCCUGGUCGGGCUGGUGGUGAUGCCGGUGAGCGCCGUGCAGGAGGUGCUCGACCAUUACUGGACGUUCGGCAUAAACGCGUGUGACGUAUGGCGGUCGCUGGACGUGUUGUUCAGCACGGCGUCCAUACUGAACCUGUGCGUGAUAUCACUGGACCGGUACUGGGCCAUCACCGAUCCGUUCACGUACCCGACGAAAAUGAGCCGGAAGCGGGCGUACCGGCUGAUCGCCGCCGUGUGGGUGUGUAGCGGCGUCAUCAGUUUUCCGGCAAUCAUAUGGUGGCGGUUGGUCCGCACCGAACCCGUUCCCAGCAACACGUGCCCGUUCACCAACAGCACCGGUUACCUGAUCUUCUCGUCCACCAUAUCGUUUUACGUGCCACUGGUGGUCAUGGUGUUCACGUACUACAAGAUCUACACGGCGGCUGUAACGCAGACCCGGUGCCAGCGGCUGGGCACCAAAGUGCUGUCGUCCACCCCGUCGUCCGGCGGUGGCUCCGGAUGCGGCGGUGGUAGUGGCGGCAGCGGUGGUGCAGGUGGCGGCGGUGGUGGUGCCGGCGGCGGUCGCAUGGAACUCACGCUCCGAAUACACCGGGGUGGCGGGACAACCACGUCCGCGUCGGCAGGCUACACGCGAGCUCACCAGCUGCAGAAAAAUUUUUCCCUAAGUCGAAAGCUGAGCAAGUUGUCGCGCGAGAAGAAGGCAGCCAAGACGCUGGGCAUCGUCAUGGGCGUGUUCAUCGUCUGCUGGCUGCCGUUUUUCGUCGUCAACUUGCUCUCCGGGUUCUGCGACGAGAGCUGCGUGUUCAAGGACCAAUUGCUAUCGUCCGUGGUGGCCUGGCUCGGGUGGAUCAACAGUGGCAUGAACCCAGUGAUCUAUGCCUGCUGGAGCAGAGAUUUUCGCAGGGCAUAUGGUCGGAUAUUGUGUGUAUGUUGUCCAAGAAAGGUACGAAGAAAAUAUCGAAGACCACUACGGUACAGGUCAACUCAAUACAUGGGAGCGUCUAUGGUAUUAGCACCGGCCACUGUCACAUAUGCCACUGUUAACCAACAAGACAUGUUCAACAUCUGAAACGAUCUUGAAAACUUUAAAUAAUUCAAUUGAAAAGGCGGAAAAACGCUGGAAUAUUCACAUUGAGAUAUCAAUCAUAUAAGUAUAUUGUUGUGUAGUUCAACCUUUUUUAAAAUUAUUUUGUAUCUUCUAUUAGAUCUGAAAUGUAUGAUUGGCCACCUAGUAAAUAUAUAUUGUACUAAAUAUGAUAUUUACAUACCAUAUUCAGGUGUAUAUACAGGAGGGGUAGAGGGGGUUGGGACCCCCUCCCCCGAAAUUGUAUUCUGUUUCCRUGGCUGACCACAUUGAUAUUUGCAUUCUACCUUUUAAAACAAAUUUUCCCUGGACAGCGAUCUGUCUCGUGAAAGGAUCAACACAACCCCUCGAACGGGAAAAAAUAUAACAAUAAGUUUCCAUUUAUAUUCAAUUGUGUCUAUAAUAUUUAUCUUCCUAUUAUUUUAAUUUAA